AUGUCAAAAUUGACAAACAGAGAUUCCGAUUGUUUUGCCGACUCUCGAUUAAUCGCAUUUUUUCGUGUAAGUUGAUUCCAAACAAAAUAAAUUAAAAACAAAUUAAACUUCAAAAGAAAUCCAGCGUUAUUCCGACGAGAAUGGCAUCAAUGCCCGAUCCCCCUCCGGGCCAGCACGAGUUCGAUCUCCCGCCGGAACUUUGGGAGCAAAUCUUCGCGCACUUGAACGGCCAAACCCUACUGUCAGCCCGACUGGUUUGCCACCGCUGGCGCGCCAUCGCAGACCGGAAGCGCUCUCUUUGGGCCAAGAUGCGGCACCGGUUCCAUUACGGGCUCCAGCUGGACGAGCAGUUCGCGCGGGACCGGUGGACUCCGGCCACCUCAAUCAGACUGAACGGUUCGAAGAUUCUGCUGGUAGAAUCCUCUUGGUGGGUUCCGUUGGGGGAGCGGCUUACGGACAUUAAUUUGCUGUGCUGUAAGGUGACGCUCGAGACGUUGUUGGGAAUGCUGCGGCGCACUCCGAACCUGGAACGGCUGUCGCUGUACAUGGUGUUGGUUGAUUGCGAGGAGGAACCCGUUGGAGAUUUUCAGCUGCUGAAAAUGAGGGAGUUCCAUGUGCGAGCUGAUUCGACCUUCGGCGUUUUCGGAGAGGUGUUUCCGCGGUUGAGCAGUUUAAUUUUGGAACUUGGAUGUUCUGGACAGGAACAGAGUUGCCGAUUGAUCCAGUUGGUUCAGGGCACGCUGAAACGAUUACGAUUCAGGGCAACAAAGUACCUCGCGCUGAAUAUGAGCCUCAUGAACCGGUUGCAGCUGCAGCACUUGAAUGUGGUUGGAUCGUACGAGGUCGCUGCACUUUAUCUGUGCCAUGUUCAACCGUCCAUCGAGGAGCUUAUCAUGCCCAAGGUGGAUGCUCCAAAUUCAAUGCUUUGUCUUAUCGGGACAAAGCUGCCUCGACUAAGACAACUCGAGACCGGUUUAGCCGAGGUUGAAACGAUCCUUACUCCCUCAUUCCUGGCCACGAUGCCUCACCUGAAGAAAUUAUCCCUCACGGCAUCGCUGAACAAGCAGCUGAUCAACUUCACCCAGUACAAGUGUACAAAUUUGAACGAACUCUACCUGAACUGUUUGCAGCCCGUUGAAAACAGCUUGCAAGCGUUCUUAAGCGGUUCCCAUCUGUGCAAGCCACCGUCCGUUGACGAAUCUACCCUGCAGACUCUGUGGCGCCUGUUGCCACUGCUGACUCGACUAGUGCAUUGCAAGAAGCGGUCCGGAUGUUGUCGAUUGUUCAAGUUGUGUUGAAUAAAGACUGCAG